AUGAAUCAAUUGGAAACAAUCAGUAAAAAAGAAGCUGAUAAACAACUAAAAUUCACAGAGAUAGUACAAAGGAACUAUAAAAUAGCAAGACUUAAUUGUGGAACAGAUAAACCAAAGAAAGAAUAUGAAAUAUACUUUGUAACAGAAAUAAAAGAAAGUUAUAAAAAUAGAAAAGAACAAAUUAUAGAAUUAGUAAAGUACUUCUUUCAUCAAGCAUCAAAAAAAACAUUUGAAGAAUCAAUUGAUGAACUAAAAGAAACAGUUAUAGAACAAUUAAAAAAAAGAGAAUUCUUUGAAGAAAGUAUUAUAUUUGACAAAAAUUACUUAGUAGCUAAAGAACAUAUCUGGAAAAAGUAG